AUGAAGUUGCUCUCUCUUCUCGCUGCUUCGGCAAGCGUUGCGCAAGCUGCUUUGAAAUGGCAGAAUGUCCGUUUUGGCGGUGGAGGCGGCUUUGUUCCUGGCAUUGAGUUUCACCCUACUGCCAAGGGCGUUGCAUACGCGCGAACUGACAUCGGUGGACUUUACCGUCUCAACGCGGAUGACUCUUGGACGCCGCUGACUGAUAGUACUGGUGUUGAUGCCACAUGGAGCCGUUGGGGUAUCGAUGCUCUGGCCCUUGAUCCAAGUAACCCUAACAAGGUUCUCACUGCUGCUGGAUUGUACACAAACUCAUGGGAUCCCAACAACGGAGCUAUCGGUAUCAGCAACGACAAAGGCGCUACUUGGUCCUUCACUGAGCUCCCCUUCAAGGUAGGCGGUAACAUGCCCGGCCGCGGUAUGGGCGAGCGUCUCGCCGUUGACCCCAAGAAUUCCAACAUCAUCUACUUCGGAGCUCGGAGCGGCAACGGCCUCUGGAAGAGUACGGAUGGUGGCAAGAGCUUCUCCAAAGUCACUUCGUUCACCAACGUCGGCGCUUACGUUGCCGAUCCGAGUGAUAGCUCUGGAUACAACAGUGACAUUCAGGGUUUGUCCUUUGUCACAUUUGACUCUACCUCAUCUCUUGUCAACGGAGCUACGUCGCGCAUCUUUGUCGGUGUUGCUGAUACAAAGACUGCUUCUGUGUAUGUUACCACUGAUGCGGGUAAGACGUGGAAGCCUGUGGAUGGCCAGCCUGUGAAGUAUCUUCCCCACAAAGGUCAGUUCUCACCAAAGGAGAAGGCUUUGUACCUUUCUUACAGCAAUGGUGGUGGACCUUAUGAUGGUACUGCCGGUGCCGUUUACCGCUACGAUGUUGCAGCCAACACUUGGAAGGACAUCACCCCACCUGGAGAUGUCUACUUCGGCUUUGGCGGUCUUGCUCUCGACCGCCAGAAACCGGGUACUCUUGUCGUUGCCUCACUCAACUCUUGGUAUCCCGAUGCCCAAUUCUUCCGAUCAACUGACUCUGGCAAGACCUGGUCUACGCUCUGGAACUACAACGCCCAGGGUAACCUCGAUCUUCACUACAGCAUCUCUACACCAAAGGCACCUUGGAUCUACAAGAACUUCAUUUCCGUUGAUACCAAGAAGCUGGGUUGGAUGGUUGAAGCUCUGGCUAUUGAUCCCUUUGACAGCAGCCACUGGUUGUACGGCACUGGUCUGACACUCUACGGUGGCCAUGAUCUCACCAAGUGGGACACCGUUCACAACAUCACUAUUGAGUCUCUUGCCGACGGUAUCGAGGAGACCGCAGUUCUCGACGUCAAGUCUGCACCUGGAGGAAGUGAACUUCUUGCGGCCGUUGGCGAUGACAGCGGGUUCACCUUUGCCUCCAAGAGCGUUCUUGGCAAAUCUCCACUCUCAGCCUGGGACAACCCAAUGUUCACGACAUCUACUAGUGCUGACUACGCUGGCAAGAAGGUUGGCAAUGUUGUCCGAGCUGGAAAUAGCGACAGCAACCCUCAAGUUGCGCUAUCAUCCGACGGCGGUAAGUCGUGGAAGCUUCACGGCGCGGCUGCGCAGGGUCCCAAGGGAGGCGCCAUCUCCUACUCUGCGAAUGGAGAUACAAUUGUCUGGUCUCCCGAGAACCAAGGUGUCUUGAGAUCUCAAAACGAAGGCAGCUUCGCUUCUGUCUCCAGUCUUCCGAACGGCGCUCUCGUUGCUAGUGACAAGCAAGACAACGACUACUUCUACGGUGCAUCAGGAUCAAAGUUCUACGUCUCCAACAACACAGCUUCUAGCUUCUCCACUGGUGGAUCUCUCGAUGGAGCAAACUCUGUCAAAGACAUCGCCGCUCAUCCUACCAAGGCAGGCGAGGUCUGGGUCUCUACCGACGCUGGUAUCUUUCGCAGCACAGACUACGGCAGCGCAUUCUCCAAGAUUAGCGGUCUUAGCAAGACUGAGCAGAUUGCUCUCGGUAAGGGCUCUGGAAGCAAUUGGAAUGUGUACGCUUUCGGAACAGGGUCUGCGGGCCGCAAGCUAUAUGGCAGCUCUGAUCUUGGCAAGACUUGGACGGAUCUCCAGGGCUCUAUGGGCUUUGGUGCGGCGGACAGUGCUAAGCUAGCUGGAAGUGGAAAUGAGGCGGGAUUGGUCUAUGUUGGAACCAACGGCCGUGGUGUCUUCUGGGGCCAGGGAACUAUCUGA